ACCCCCAAAUCUGGCUUGUAGUUGAAUGAAAAGUGCCGCGAGGUUAAAAUAGCAGGGCUUUUUCUUAUAUCUACCAAGAAUACUUCAGACCUUAGAAUUGAUUUUAAAAUGUCCCAUUAAAAUUUUCCAUCCGAUAAUGGAGGGGAAAGUUCUGAGAGAGUAGCUCUAACUGUGCUACAGUGCGUAUCAAUUAUUUUCUAGCCUUAAGCCAAUCAUGUUCGACUUCUGCUGAAAUCUUCCCCAAAAUUGCCCACUGUUCUUCCCUAACUUCAAGAUAGACUAUUCUUCUGACGUACUCAUCUUAGCUGGCUUCUUUUCCAUCCCACCAACUUACCAAAUAUAGUUUUUCUUUACCAUUAUUUUUGCAGCUUUUUUUACUGAAGUGAUUCAUUACCCCUUCCUUUGUAACUGCAAUAGUUAUGAUUUUUGUCAAUUAUUUAGUCAAUUAAAUUUUUAAAAUAGUGUGUCUGUAAUUUUAAAAUUGCAAUGUCGAAGAAAAUAGUUUGAAUUACUUCUUUUUACAUAGUUUUUGGAUUAUUGAAUCAUUUUUUUUUUCGAAUAAGCUCUAUUUAUCAUUAAAACUUUAACUCAUUCAUUAAUUAUCAAAUCCAUUUGUAUUGCCAAACGAUAUUUGUAUUCUGAAACGAUUCUGAUCAUUCUUGGUAGUUUUACAAAUAAAUUGCUAUUUGCAAAAAUAUUAUCUGUGUAGAUUUUUUAUAUGGAUAGUUCAACUCGAAUUUAUACUUAGUUUACAUAAUGAAUUUCAUCAAUACGGAUCUGUUUCUGCUGGACAAAGUGAUCAAGCGAGUCAUUUGCGGGACAGACUCGUUACACGAAAACCCAGUUUCAAUUUUGGACUUCCGCCAUUGCGAGCUAAAGCGGAUCCCGAAGGAGAUAGUGAAGUUCCGCAAGUGUCUGGAGGAGCUGGAGUUGGACAGUAACAUGAUCUGUGAGAUGUCCAGGGCUCUAUUCCAGUGUCAGUUUCUCAAGAGACUCUCCCUCUCCGACAACGAGAUUUAUACUGUUCCACCCUGGAUAGGAUGUCUGUGGAACCUCAGGGAACUGAACAUCUCUAAAAACGCACUCCUGGAUGUUCCAUUUCACAUCCGAAACUGCAAAUACCUUCACUCACUUGACCUCAGUGUCAACCCCCUGGGUCGAAUGCCAGAAGGAGUCACCCAGAUCUUAGGUCUGACUCACCUCUACAUGAAUGACUGCUUUCUCGACUACCUUCCAGCCAAUUUUGGACGACUAACUCAGUUAAUCGUGUGUGAAUUGAGGUCAAAUAAUAUCAAAUACUUGCCAAAAACCAUCAUCCAUCUAACCUCUCUGGAACGACUCGACAUUGGAGGCAAUGACCUCACUGAACUUCCGGAGUUUUUUGGCGCACUUGUCAGUUUAGAAGAGCUUUGGAUUGAUAAAAACAAAAUCAGAAAACUCCCUCAGUCGAUUGGUCAGCUCUCGUGUCUGGAAUUUGCCGAACUGAGCAGCAACUGUCUAUCAGAAAUACCCGAAUCAAUUUGCCGACUGACUAAGCUACGAGAGUUGUAUCUUCACGAGAACAUGAUUGCUCGACUUCCUGGCGAAAUCGGUAGAUUAGUUUCACUCAACGUUUUAAACCUUAGCGACAACUGUCUAUCUGAACUUCCGACAAGUAUCAGCGGCUUCCACGACUUAGUUGAACUUAAUCUGAACAAAAAUCAGCUGACGACUCUGCCGGCCGAGAUCAACCGACUCGUAAACAUUCGUUUUUUGUACAUAGACUCAAACAAGCUGACGUGUUUGCCCAAAGAAAUCGGGUUCUGUUCCAAGUUGAGGGUGUUGUCCCUGGCUAAGAACCAAUUGUCUAAUUUGCCAGUGGAGAUCGGAAUGUGUCGACAUUUGAGGGUGUUGACGGUGACUCAGAAUCUCCUGUUUGAACUUCCUUACUCACUUACAAACUGCAAACUUCUGAAUGCAUUGUGGCUCUCUGAAAACCAGGGCUCGCCUCUGCUACCAUUUCAAGCUGACGUGAACGAAAAAGGUCAGAAAAUACUGAACAGUUACUUGUUCCCACAACACAACAACCACAAUUCAAACGGAACAAUGAACAACGAAUCAUUUGGUCAUUCGAGUUCAUUUUACCCCGACGUAUCAGACGCCGAGAGUCUUACCUCGAGCGUGUGGGAUGCAGAGUACCGCAAGCGAUGUCGUGUCGCAUUCAAACUCGACUCGGAUUACACGCGAAUGCAGUCGGAAAAACCGAGACCACCUCCCGCCUACCCGAAGGAGUCCAACUAUGCCCGAGGCCAAAAGUUGACCCCAAGUCAUUUUUCUUAUUCUGAUGACCAGUUUUUAGGCCCUAAAGUGGAAAUUUAUCCCGAAAAUAUGGUCACGUAUUUAGUGUCUAACUCGUCAUCGCCCGGCAAAAACAGAUUUCCAGUUCCCCUUAUGACGUCAAAUGGCAGAUGCAUCAUUGACAACAACGGCGUCGGGGGAGCCAACUCCUCCUCUUCGAGAGUGGGCAGUUUUUCAGUAGCCCAGAGUUACAACCUCCAGUCAGCCAAUCCACCUAUCCAUCACAAUACAAACAUCAACAAUCACAACUACCACAUUGCAGCCAACAACGACCAUUAUGUACCUCCUCAGCCCGUCCCCCAAAAUGGAUCACACUUUGUGACUCCGACGAUGCCACACAAGCAAACGGCUCAAUGGAACUACGUCGUCACAAAUGGGACAACAAUCCGAAGUUCGAACGGGCCGAACCAGACAAAGUCAAUGGAAACACUAGUCAACUGAAAAAAAAACAGAUGAUACAACUGAACUUUUUCGUAAAGUCUUUAGAAUAUAUAAAAUCUGAUAAUGAAUAGCCGACACGAUUUGAUUUAGUUUUUAAAACGGUAAACAGAAAAAAAUAUGUUAUGUAAUUCCUUGGUUAA